AUGACAGAUCAAGAAGCGAAUAACAACAGUGUCAAUGACUGUGGUAAACAAGGUAAUACAAAGUCAAAAGUAAAACAAAGGAAAGGACAAACUGAUGAAGAAUAUAGAAUACAGAAAGCAGAAUUCGAAGAAACAGGUCCAGUAAUAAAUACCCAGGAUUGGUUUAUUGAUAAUAAGAGCAAAUUGGAAACGAUUAGUAAAGAUGCAAAAAUCGACCGAAAGUUUAUAUUAAAUGCUAUUGAGCUUCUAUAUUUUAGACGUAGGUAUGAUGAAUGUCUUCAAUUUAUUGAGAAAUAUGCUGAGUCGAUGUAUGAAAAUGAUGAUAUAUCAUCAGGUAAUAGCAAUAAAAAGAUCGAUAAAGAUUUUCAGCAAAUCUUGCAUAUCAAAUCAAAGUGUACGGAGAAGCUUGUCGUUAUACAACCCUAA